GUCAAAACGUGCAAAAAAACCUCCAUCGAAAUUCACCUGUCCGGCACAAAAAAACAAUGGCUGGAGAGAAUUUGAAACCCAUAGCUGGGCUACUUUUGGUUCUAAACUUGUGCAUGUACACAACAGUUUUGGGUAUUGGCAGCUGGGCGAUUAAUCGAGCCAUUAACCACGGUUUCAUUAUCGGUCCGGGAUUUGAUCUGCCGGAGCAUUUUUCACCUAUACAUUUUCCGAUGGGUAACGCAGCCACUGGAUUUUUCGUGUUAUAUGCACUUAUAGCUGGCGUGGUUGGUGUAGCAUCGGCAAUUUCGGGUUUGAAUCAUAUUCGCCAUUGGGAUCGUGAAAGUUUGCCGGCUGCCACAUCAGCUGCCAACAUGGCAUGGAGCCUUACUCUUUUGGCCACGGGGUUUGCUUGGAAAGAAAUCAAUUUGUACACCAGAAAUGCUCGUCUGAGAACAAUGGAAGCAUUCAUUAUAAUCCUUUCUGCAACUCAAUUAUUUUACAUAGCAGCCAUUCAUGGUGCUUCAUCAAGGAGAAGAACCUGAGAGUAUUCAGAUGAAAAUCUUGAAAAAAAAAAAAAAUAGCGAGUGAUUGUGUGUUUGUGAUGGGUUUCUUUGUACUAUAAAAUUUCAUUUGCUUAAUCAGUUUUCUUUGUUCAUGUAAAAUUCCAAAUGUUUUGGGAUUAUUAUUGUAGGAUAUUGUUCUGUGUGUGAAUUGAGUACAAAAUCUGAUUGCUUUUGCAGAGAA